CUUUGUUUUGAUACUUCUCCCUAGCUAAACUCCCAACACUCUCAGUAUAACUAAAGAGCAGAGCAGAGCAGAGCAGAGCAGAGCAGAGCACCAAUAAUGGGAGCCCUUGAUCUUGAUCUUAUGGCUUCUGUGUUUGGAAUUUUGGGUACGAUCGUCGCGUUCCUCGUUUACCUAGCCCCACUACCAACAUUUUAUUGGAUUUUCAAGAAAAAAUCAACACAAGGAUUCCCAUCUAUACCCUAUUCAGUGUCAUUGUUUAGCGCCAUGUUGACAUUCUACUAUGCCUUCGUCAAGACAAACUGUUUGCUGCUCAUCACGAUAAAUUCCAUUGGCUGCUUCAUCGAAACCGUGUACCUUGUUGUGUUCAUGAUAUAUGCAACACCAAAAUCCAGGACUUUUACAACAAAGCUGCUUAUUCUGUUUAAUAUCUUGGGUUAUGGUUUGAUGUUAUUGUGUACAAGCCUAGUCCCAAAUGUUCUUGUGAGGUUGAAAGUUGUUGGGUGGAUAGUAAUCGUGUUCAAUGUCUGUGUGUUUGCUGCUCCUCUUACAAUUAUGAGGCAGGUUAUUAAAACAAAGAGUGUGGAGUACAUGUCAUUCCCUUUGUCAUUGAGCUUAACCCUGUGCGCUGUCAUGUGGUUCUUCUAUGGCCUUUUAAUAAGAGAUUUAUUCAUAGCGGCACCAAACGUGUUAGGGUUUGCGUUCGGAAUUGUUCAGAUGAUUAUGAUCCUCGUCUACAGGAAGAAAACCAAGAUAGCUGUCUUGACGGAAUUCCGUCUAGGUGAUCUGAUACCAAGCGUUGCUGCUCCACUAAAUGAUGACAUGACAGUAGCAAUUGUCAUUAAUUCUCGAUCGGAAGCUGGGGACGGAAAGAAGAGUUCUGAAACUGAUGAUGAUCAGAAUCCAUUGGAGGGCCGGCCCAAAGGCAAGGCGACCUUGGCCGCUGCCUACGGCGUCAUCUUGAGAAGGGGCUCAAUUUAAAUAAUUACGUCCUGUAUAUAUAUCUGUACUUAUUCAUGAACUUUUCAAUUCCAAAAAUAUGAAAUAAAAGGUACGAAGAGGCCCCUCAGCCUAAAGCAAAGAACUGGAAAGGACCUCUUGGAUACAAUACAAGCUCCCAAAAGCCUUUUUUUACAAUCUGGAUUCUGUAAUUGGUGAAGAGAUUAGAUUGUGGAUUCUGUAAUUGGCGAAUGCAAACUAAUUACUUAUUAGGUGUCAAGUACAUUUUAAACACGCAUAUAUGAAUGUUAAGAAUAUGUAACG